UUCCACGUUUCCUUCUCAUCGUUACUCUUCGAAUUUUUCUUGUCAAAAAUGUUUGGAGCUGUAAUUAGGUCUUCGACGGGCUUGCUUCGGUCCUCCGUGACAACCGCCUUGACUUCAAGUCGAACUGCCGGCUGCCGACGUUUUCUAUCCCAAGAAGUACGGUCGAAGAUCCAAGCUGCUAUUACCGAAACUCCAGUCGUUCUUUUCAUGAAAGGCACUCCGGAUUACCCCCAGUGUGGUUUCUCGCGGGCGGCGAUUCAAAUACUGGAUCUGCAUAACGUUCCAACCGAGAAAAUGAAGACGUUUGAUGUCCUGGAGGAUCAGGAGCUCAGAACUGCGAUAAAGGAGUUUUCCGAAUGGCCUACGAUACCGCAAUUGUAUGUCAAGGGGGAAUUUGUCGGUGGAUGCGACAUCCUUAUAUCGAUGCACCAAUCGGGUGAAUUAGAAAAACUUUUGGCGGAGAAUGAGGUCGUCCCCAAGGUGGAAGAAUCUACCUUGUCGUCGGCAUAGAACUUGUUGUCUCCCGUUAUCUAUGAACAUCACUGUUAAUGAAGGAAUUGAUUGGCUCGUAGAACUUAUAUUAUUAAUAUAAGUCGUACUCACCUCUUGCGUCUACUCAUCAACAUACUCGAUAUCCCCAUCCAUUCCAACCCGACCAUAUUUCACUUUUUCUCCUCGGGCUUUAACCAAGUCCUCAACAGUCCGUAGUUUUCC